GUAAAUUUGCACCAAGAGCGAGCUGAACAACGUUAAAAGUGUCUUAUUGCAAUUUUGUCAACUAUACCAAAUUAGCCAGCUGAGGGGGUUAGGGCAACUGGAAAUAUUACUGAACACUGUGGCCGAAGAAUAAGAUCAUUUGCAAAGAGGCAUUAUGGCAAGUGGUGGACCCCCUAUCGGGAGGGCAGGGAGAGCCGCCCAGUUGUUAAAAGCUGUACAACAGCCUGUUCGGAGACCAGGGGAGCAUGAGGAACAAGCCUCACCAGCCCCAGUGCCCCAGGCUCAGGGAGCUAAGGUUGAAUCACCAGCCCCUGUAGUGCCCGUAGGCAGGGGGCUCAUGAUGAAAAAGAUGCUGGAAGAGAAGAAAAAGAAGGAGGCUGAGAUGGCCCAACAAGGAGUUGAGGCUCCAAGGCCUGUUGGAAGAGGGGCAUUAGCCAUGCAGUCAUUGGCAAGUGCUCUACCAGUAACACCUGGGACCCCUCCUAGAGUGAAACAAGCAUCCCCACCCCAGAGAAUCUCCCCUCAGAAGCCAUCACCCCAGCAACAACAGACUCCAAGGCAAGCUACUCCUGGUCAGCCCCCUGCAGAACAGGAGAGAAAAUCUCGUCUGAUGUUUGCUCUGGAAAGGGAGGAGAGGCCAGGAGUUCAAAUGAAGGGAACUUCAGGCAAACAAAUACACCUGGCUACUAACUAUAUUAGAGUAGAAUCUUUGACGCCAGAGAUGUAUCAAUAUCAUGUGUCCUUUGAGCCAAAUGUAGACUCUAGGAACAUAAGGUUUAAACUACUCAAUCAGCACAGGGAUAUAAUGCCGUAUAAGGUCUUUGAUGGAGCAAUGCUGUUCCUUCCAUAUAAUUUGGGAAAGGAAAAAUUAUUGACAGCAGAACGUCACACUGAUGGAGCAAAGAUCACCAUCAAGUGCACUCUCACUAAAGUGGUGCCUCAUGAGCAGAACACUUUCAUCUUUAACAAUCUGUUCAAUAGAGUACUAGAAAAGCUGAAAAUGGUCCAGAUCGGUCGGCAUUACUAUGACCCUCAUCGACCAGCAGAUGUACCCCAACAUAGAUUGCAAGUGUGGCCAGGAUACAUCACUGCUAUUGAGAGGCAUGAGGGUGGUCUCCUAUUGCAGGCAGAUGUUUCUCAUAGAGUCCUCAGGACAGAGACUGUACUUGAUGUGCUGGACACACUGGUUAAGAGGUCCCCCCAAACUUUCCAAGAUGAGGCGGUUAAGCUCCUUGUAGGCACAACUGUAUUGACAAGAUACAAUAACAAGAACUACAGAGUAGAUGACAUAAAUUUCUCUAUGUCGCCUGAAGAUACCUUCGCCAAUUCCAAAGGGGAGGAGACUUCCUUUUUGGAAUAUUACCAGAGGGCCUAUGGUAAAGAAAUUCGGGACAGACACCAGCCAUUGCUUAUCAAUCGGCCAAAGAAACGAGAACAAGGAGCUCACCACCUGGAACAAAUAUGCCUCAUUCCGGAGUUGUGCUAUUGCACAGGGCUCACUGACAGUAUGAGACAAGAUAAUAGGGUUAUGAAAGACCUUGCCUCUCAUACCCGCAUCACACCCGAGAAAAGGAUAAUCGAACUGCGAAAAUUUAUUGAUGCCGUCACUUCCAACCCUGAGGUUGUGGCCAUGUUAGAGGGAUGGGGUCUGAGAUUACACUCCGACAUAAUGGACACCAGUGGGAGAACAUUACCUCCUGAGGACAUCCUCACUGGUGGUCGUUUAAUCAAAGGAACUGUCCAGGCUGAUUGGGGUCGUGACAUUGUCAGAAAUAAUGUCAUUCAAGCGGUGGACUUGAGGUGCUGGAUUGUAAUUGUUACAAACCGUGACCGCCAGAGGGGUCAAGAUUUUGUUGAGAACUGUGGUAGAUCAUGUGGGGCAAUGGGAAUACGAAUGGCCCAACCAAAUGUGAUAAUCAUUGAAAAUGACCGAACUGAGUCCUACCUUAAAGCAAUCAGGAAUUCCAUCAAUGAACAGGUUCAAAUGGUGGUGACCAUCUUCCCCACUCUGCGAGAAGAUAGAUACAGUGCUGUGAAGAAAUGUUGCAAUAUUGAGUGUCCUGUAGCGUCUCAGGUGAUCAUAUCGAAGACCAUUGGAGAUCCCAAGAAGUUGCGUAGUGUCUGCCAGAAGAUUCUAUUGCAGAUGAAUGCCAAAUUGGGAGGUGAACUCUGGGCUGUUGCCAUACCACCAAAAUCUUUGAUGGUGAUUGGUAUAGAUGUUUAUCAUGAUGGUAAAGGUAGCAAUAAGAGGUCUGUUGUUGGUGUUGUCUGUUCAAUCAACCAACGCCUCACUAAGUACUACAGCAGGGUAGCACACCAAAUGCCUGGAGAGGAACUGGUUGCUAAGCUGAAGCCCCUAGUCAUUGCUGCCCUCAGGAAAUACCACGAGGUAAAUCACUCUCUACCAGAGCGUAUUGUUCUGUUCCGUGAUGGUGUUGGAGAUGGCCAGCUUGACAUAGUAGGAGGCUAUGAGGUGUCUCAGCUUGCGGAGUGCUUCCCUGUUUUUGGUGAAGAGUACCAGCCAAAACUGACUGUUGUUAUUGUCCAGAAACGUAUCAACACAAGGAUGUUUGCCAUCCAGGGCAGGAACUUUGAGAAUGCUCCGCCAGGCACAGUGUUGGAUCAUUCAGUCACCAGGAGAGACAGGUAUGAUUUCUUCAUUGUGUCCCAGCACGUGAGACAGGGAACAGUCACCCCUACACAUUACAUUGUUGUCCAUGAUGAUUCAUCGUUCAAAACAGAUCAGCUUCAGAGGCUAACAUACAAGAUGACACAUCUCUACUAUAAUUGGCCUGGUACAGUCCGUGUACCUGCACCUUGCCAGUAUGCCCACAAACUAGCAUACCUGGUGGGUCAGAGUCUCCACAAGGAACCCAACAUUGCCCUGUGCAGCCGCCUCUUCUAUUUGUAAAUGAUGUGCUCAAACCACCAUGAUCUAUGCAAGAGAUGCUCGGAGCCAAAAUGCAUUUAUGCGGUAAAUGAACAUGGUUUAGCAAUGUGGUUGAGGGACCAAUCAGGAAGUGAUAGUCAUAUGGAUAUUAAAUGUCCCAUAUUUGGUGCUCGGCUUUUAAGAAACUGAAGGGAGAUUAAGCGCGUAUGAAACACUGGCGUGUACUUCCAGAAUAAGGCGGCAAUAACUAUGUAUUUGCAUAUGUACUUCAAGCGAGUUAUAAACACCUGGUUAUCUGACAAGUAUAAAUGAUCUCUGAUCUUAUUAUGAUCUUUGAUCAAACUGUGAUCUCAGAUCCAACAAUGUAUAUUGAUCUUGGAACCACUGAUGAUCUUGAAUUUCACUGAACCAUUUACCAAUAAGAAAAAUGGCUUGAUUAAUAAUCAUAUAUUUUUGGUGGUUCUAGCUUUGUGCAAAAUGAAAACAUGUACAUGAUGUAAAAUAGGAUAACGUGCCUUUGAACUGUACAUAGGUAUGUAAAUAAACAUAUUGUAUAUGGGUGUGAUAUUUAUUUUAAAUCUCGGGGAUAGUCUAUUUGAUCUGAAUACUAGAACCAAAGCUUGUGUUUUUAUUUUAAGAUAUGUGCACUCAGUAUUUGUUUUAUCUUAGUCUGUUAAGAAGUAUACGAUUUGUUUUAGGAAUAACUGAUUUUAGUUAAGUAUCAUUAUCAAGAAUGAUUCUUGUACACAUCGUCUGUGAUUCUCUAAGGUUGAAAUUAUUCAUUGUUUUCUUUUAAAUGGCUCAACCAAGGAAGAGGUGUACAUUAUAUUUAUUAUUUGAAAACUGAAAUACAAUGAAUAAAUUCAAUCAUAUUUUUGAACCUAUCAUACAUAGAUGUGAAAUGUUGGUAAACAAAAAGUAGCAUAAAAGAUUUUUGAUGAUUAUUGUAAGUGCAUACAUUAUUUAGAGAAAGUUGAAUUCAUGUACAUCAUUGUAGAGUAAAGAAUAUGGAAGAUUAGCAUGGGGAUGUACAUUUGAUCGAUAUGGUCAUUUUAUUUUAGAUAUAAGCUCUUCUCGGUAGACAGUAGCUAAUCUGUGGUUUUGAGUGCCUGAACUGAUCAAAAUACUUUUAUACUGAGCAAAAAUGGCAGAAACUUAAUUUUGUUAUCUCUAA